AAGUGACUUUUAAAACCUCCGUCGUCGUUGCUUGAUGCUUUGUUUCUCUCUCUCUCUCUCUCUCUCUCUCUCUAUCUCUUCCGCAGAAUCUUGACGUUCUGAAAUUUCGCUUCACAUCGAACCCACUUUCCAUUAUUCAUUCUUCAUUCUUCAUUCAUUCAUUCAUUCAUUCACAAUCCCUAUUUAUUUAUUCAUUCAUUGGGUUCCCCCUUCCCUCAGUUGUUCUUGUUCUUCCUCUGCAAAAUCUGAAUCUGCGAUCCAAUUCCCAAUGGGUUCGGUUCCCUCAGAACUGAGCUUGGUUUUAAGACCCUCCUUUGUCCCCAAAACCAUCACUGAUUUCCUCUCCCAACUCUCCUCCGCCUCCGACAAGCUCGCCACCCUCCACGAUUUCCUCGCCCGAUUGGAAGACGAGCUCCGCAAGAUCCACGCCUUCAAACGCGAGCUUCCUCUCUCCAUGCUCCUCUUAAACGACGCAAUUUCACUUCUCAAAGCGGAAUCCAAGAAAUGCACCCCUGUCUUGGAGGAGUUCAUUCCCUUGAAGAAGGACCGUGAUCACACCCACCAAAACCAUCGCAACGACACCGAGUGCACCACGGAUAAGAGGAAUUGGAUGAGCUCUGUUCAGCUUUGGAAUAACUCUACCACUAAUAACAACAAUGCCUCUGAUCGCAAACAGCUUCAUAACUUAGAAACCAAGAAAAGUGAAGAAGGACAAUCUGUGGGCGAGGAUCCUUUCCAGUCAUGUAGUAAUAGAAAUGGAGGGAGAAGGGCGUUUAUGCCUUUUUCUAGGUACUCUUCUUCUUCAUCUUCUGUGCCGGUCACAACAGUGGCACUGGCGGCUGCUACCAAAGAAGAGAAGGAGGACAGUGUUAUGAAUAGGCUUUCUCUUCUUACUACCCCUUCUGUGAAAGAGGGAUGUGGUUCAAGGGGGUCGAGAAGCAGUUCCAACAUGGCUGUUUCUUCUUCUUCUCCUCCUCCUACGGUUCAGCCCACUUUGCGGGCUUCAUCGCUUCAGCAGGCUGCUAGGAAACAGAGGAGAUGCUGGUCCCCUGAGUUGCACAGACGAUUUGUUAAUGCCUUGCAGAAGCUAGGAGGUUCUCAAGCAGCAACACCAAAGCAAAUUAGAGAGCUCAUGCAGGUUGAUGGCCUAACUAACGAUGAAGUAAAGAGCCAUUUACAAAAAUACCGACUUCAUACACGGAGAGUUCCAGCUUCGACUGCUAAUCAGCCAGUUGUGGUUCUUGGAGGUUUGUGGAUGUCUCAAGAUCAGUACAAUGACUCUUCAAAGGUUAGCAGUUCGGGUUCAGGUUCCCCUCAAAGUCCCCUUCAUUUGGGUGCAGGGUCUCGGGGAGGGACAUCCCCAACUGAGGGUGACAGCAUGGAGGAUGAUGAAGAUGCAAGAUCCGAGAGUUAUAGCUGGAAAAGUCACAUGCACAAACCUGGAAAAAUUGAUGUAUAGGAUACUACUCUCCACCAUGAAUUUUGCAGAUAAAAGUAUACAUGGGAGGAGUUUUACGACUACAUAAGAAUAAUACAUGAUACAUAAAAGAGGGUCAAUGGAGAGAGGCUGUUGGAGUUUUAUGAAGGUUUAGCUUGCCUUCUAUACUACCUGAGUUUUGAUAUGAGACUCCGAAUUAAAAUAUCCUUUUCCUUCGCUUUAAGAAGCUGGUCAUUUUUCCCAUAUCAUAAAAUUCUUUCAUUUCUUUCUGUCUUAAGAACUCUGAAGCCUAGAAGAAAUUAAUUGGUCUAAACUCUUAAUAUUUUAAUGGGUCUCUGCAUGUUUGGGUGGACAUUGCCGUUUUUAA